UACGCUUUUAAGAGAUGACUCGUAUAUGCAGAAACCGUGUCCCCCAUAGAAACCCCAUGUUGAAAAACACUGCUUGUUAUAACUGCAGAGCCCGUCUUAUCCGAUACCUCAAAAUCCAAAGAGAAUAUAUGGUAUUUCCCACCUCUUUGAUUUUCGCGCCCUAAAAAACGCUCAGUUUUAAAUUUUUAGUGGAAAAUGGCGAUUUUUCCUUUAAAUUUCUCCCUAAAAAUCCUUAAUGCACCCCAAAUUGCUUGCAAUACGGCAUCCAGUGCAUUCACACACGGCAAAAACCGUAUAAAUACGCAUAUUUCAACACCAGUAUCAUCGAUUCCACACAGAGGAGGCAAAGUAGCUCGCUCUCAAAAAAACCAGGGUUUUUCCAAUGAAGAAGCAAACGGGGCCUUAAAAUACGAGCAGGCGAAACCUAUGCGUUUGUUGUUCGAGUCUUUGCAGAGUCAUGGGAGAGUGAAUGAAGCUUUCGAGAUAUUCCAGUGGUUGAUUCAGAGGAAUGGUGAAAACUUCACAAAAGAAGAUUACGCACCACUGAUCCGAUUUUUGGGGGAAAAUCAAAUGCCCCAUGUAGUUCAGCGACUUUUCACUGAGAUAGAAUCCCAAAACUUUCGUACUGGUUGUACCACUUUAUCAGCUUUAAUGAUAUGUUGUGCAGAGAAUGGCCUUUUUUCACUUUCUAAUGCAAUUUGGACUGAAAUCAUCAAUAGUUCGUUUGAAUUAGAUAUUGGGGUCGUGUCAGAAUUAAUGCAUGCUUAUGGAAAAGCAAACCUCUAUGAUGAAGUCUAUAGGAUGUUGAAUGAAGCCAUCUCCAGAGAGUUCAACUUGUGCCCUGAGAUAUACACUGUGGCAAUCUCUUGCUUUGGCAAGGGAGCGCAGCUUGAGCUCAUGGAAGCAACGAUAAAAGAAAUGGUGUCAAGAGGUUUCAAAGUUGAUUCUAACACUGGCAAUGCUUUUAUAAUUUAUUAUAGUAGUUUUGGUUCUUUGGCAGAGAUGGAAAUUGCAUAUGGGCGCCUAAAAUGUUCUAGGAUCCUUAUAGAGAGAGAAGCAAUUCGUGCUAUGGCUUCUGCAUAUAUCCGAGAAAGGAAAUUUUUUAAAAUGGGUGAGUUUUUAAGGGAUGUUGGUCUUGGGAGGAGAAACUCCGGCAAUCUCCUUUGGAAUCUUCUUUUGCUCUCAUAUGCAGCUAACUUUAAGAUGAAGAGUUUGCAGAGGACAUUUCUAGGAAUGCUGGAGGCUGGAUUUUCUCCAGAUAUUACCACAUUCAAUAUUAGAACGCUGGCUUUCUCAAGGAUGUGCAUGUUUUGGGAUCUCCAUCUUAGUAUUGAACACAUGAGGCACAUGAAUGUUAUCCCAGAUCUUGUGACGUAUGGUUGUAUUGUGGAUGCUUAUGUGGAAAGAAGAUUUGGUAGGAACUUGGGCUUUGGUCUAAAGUGCAUGAAUUUAGAUAGUUCCCCAUUGAUUUUGACUGAUCCGAUAGUAUAUGAAGUGUUUGGAAAAGGGGAUUUCCAUUCAAGUUCAGAGGCUCUUCUAGAGCUCAAGUGGAAAAAGGAAUGGACUUACUCAAAGCUAGUUGCAUUCUAUCUCAAGAAACGAUAUAGGAGCAACCAAAUUUUUUGGAAUUAUUAAAAGUUCAUAUGCAAUUUUUGACUAUGCAGCUUACAGAAGAUAUAGGCUGCACCAUCCAAAGGAAGGAAGAUUGUGUAUGCUCCAUGCAUGUUUUCUUCUUUCUCAGCCUUUGAGGAAUUGGACAUGUACCAAACAAAACUGAAAUUUGGAAGCUUGCUAUUAGAUUCAUCUGAGGCACAAAUUUAUAGAAAUAUUUCUCUGGCUAGCUACAAAACAAUUUGAUGAGGGAUUUUGCAUAUUUUUUAAAGAAGUAUGUUUUUAUAAUGGCAUGAUAUAGUUCAAAUCCUUAUAUGCAUCUUAAGAUUGAGAUGGGAAUUCAAUGCAACAUUUAUUCUUCCCUUUCUCAAUAAGGUCAAUUAUUUAGCCGCAACCAUUUGAUGAGUUUCUUAAAUCAUUGCAAUGGAUAUCAUAUGACCCUGAUUAUUGGAAAAUUUGAUCUAUUUGAAAAGUUAUGAAAAUCCUCAUCCUUCCACUCAAUUCUUCCAAUGAGUUAUGACCUGCUUUUGAUGUGUAUGAAUAAGCGACAGUAACGUAUUCA